AUGGUCGAAACAAACAUCACUGCCCAGUCGCAGAGUCAGAGUCAGUCUCAGUCGCCUACUUCAGCACCAAAACCAAGCAGCGGACGACAACGGGUUAUCUCGUCUUGCCUAACAUGCCGGCGGCGAAAGGUCAAGUGUGACCAUGUGCACCCGGUCUGCAGUUCUUGCACACGAGGAAAUCAUGUUUGUACCUGGACGGAUCAGGUGCAAGCGUCGACGAGUACCGGGAGGAUCUCAAAGCCUAUGAUCACCAGCAAUGGAAAGAUUGCGAAGAAUAGCGACGUUCAGGCGCGACUGGAUAGGCUUGAGUUACUCUUGGAACAAGCCGUUACGAGACAGGGAACAAAUCCGAUUCCAUCCGCGCGUUCCAGUGCCGACUUUGAGAGAAAACCAGAACCGGAGACACGGUUGACGCCCACUUCGACCAGUCAAACCUCCCAUGGCGGAGGCAUGGCUUCUGAUGAUGGUGAUGGAACUCUACUCCUGGAUGGCGGACAGUCUCAGUUUGUUUCUUCCUUGCAUUAUGCAUUACUUGCUGAUGAGAUUCAAGAUAUCAAAGCCCUUUUGGGUGAUAAGACAGAUGAAGAGAGAAAAAGAGUACCGCAAAGCAGUCUCGUAGAUUUACUUUCGUUAGGCCGUGCAGGCGCCGGAUCCAACCUUGAGCAGCUGUUACCGAGUACUCAAGAGCAUCGUGAUACCCUCCUAGAUGUUUAUUUUGCGAACGUGGAUCCGAUGGUGAGGAUCACGCAUAAGCCAACAGUGCUUCGCAAGUUUGCCUCAUACAAUAGCGAGGCCCAUCCGAUCGCCUUUGCUAUUUUCUUCUCUGCAAUCAAUUCCUUGCCUCCAAAGGUCGUCCAAAACAAGUUUGGCGAAAGUAAAGAAAGCCUGUUAGACCGCUUUCAGCUCGGUGUCGAGAUAUCACUCGCCAGGGAAAACUAUCUAACGACAUCAAAUCUUGAGAUAUUUCAGGGGUUCGUCCUAUGGCUGACUUGCAUCAGCAAAGAAGAAGACAUGGGUAAAGCAUGGGUACUACUAGGUAUCGCCGUUCGCAUCGCCCUAAACCAAGGUCUUCACCGGGACCCAUCUUUGUUCCCCACCGGGUCAAUGGAUGCUGUUACUACCGAGCUACGCCGCCGCAUGUGGCAUCAAUUAGGUCACCUGGAGUAUCGCGCAGCCGAAUGUAAGGGCCAAGAGCCGAGCAUAUCCGAAGACUUUUAUACUACACUGUUUCCGCGCAACAUUGACGAUGAGGACCUUAUCGACGGAGCAAGCCCAGGUCCCGCGCCUUAUGACGAAGAGAAGUUCACAUCGAUGUCGUUCCAACUCGUAAGGUACAUGGGUAUGCGAGCAUUGCGGCGAAUAGUUCAGAGCACAUAUCGCUUGGAGCGGCGCAUGUUGGAUUCGGGUCUCCACGGAGCCUCCCGUCUUGAUCCCGCGCGAGAGCUCCAGAAUCUCUAUGAGCAGAUCAAAGUCAUGCUUGACGAGGAUCAUGAGGAGAACCAGAGAAAGUAUCUCCAAUACCUGAACCCGGAAAUCCCAAUGCAGAGGUUGACGCUAGGUCUGGCCUCUCUCCUGGAGUGGCGGUGUUAUUUGCUAUUCUGGCUCCGCAUGCCUCGUGCUUACCGCGACGUGGUCUUCUCUGAUGACAUACGCAGAUCAAUAUUCGAGAAAUCUGUGAAUUGUAUAGAAACACUGAAUAGUGCAGCUGCUGAUGUCGAUGCAGCUCGUUUUCAGUGGCACAUAAGUGGAAUUGCUUCUUUCCAAGCCAUCAUGCAUGUUCUCUCAGAACUUCGUAAUCCAUUAUUCGACGCUCCAGAUCGGCAACGUGCAUUGAGAGCGCUGAAAAUAUCUCGCAUUCUCCGAGAAAACAACAGCGCUAAAGCAUGGCAAGCUGUUAAGAACAUGAUUGACAAGGCUGUAGCUGAGCACAACGCGUCUCCAAGGAGCCAGGUGCAAACAUCAGCAUCUUUCACUAGCCCUCCUCCACCGCUGUCCACAUCCAUUCGGCGGGAUAACUCUACGAGCAACAAUGUUUCUGCGUAUCCUGGAAUGGAAACUACACCUAGUUACGCCUUGCCAACGUCUUCUAGGCAGUACGUUUCACAAGAGUUACCAGCACAAUCCCAACAAAUACCGCCUCCAUUGGAGCUAUUACAGCCCAUGCAAUCCAUGGAGGGUCAGGAUGCACCUUGCUGGGACGAUAUCAAUCUAAACAUCAUCAACAACAUAAUUGGCGACGUUCAACCCACUCUUGGCAUCAUGCCAGACUUCGACUUCGGCUUCUGGGGUGACCCCUUCAACUACGAGAAUGAGCCUGCUGCAAUGCCGAUAGAAGAUAGCUAUUUUCCACCGUGGACGGGAUGA